AUGGGCAUCUCUCGCAGCGCCUGGCUACUGGUAUUUGCUUUGCACCCUUUCCUCAGCGCAGCCUUGCCCGCUCCCUCUCCACCCGGGAUUCCAUCUGGCUCGGCAGCCAAGAGUGAGCUCGCAGGCCUGACCGUUGCUGCACAAGGAUCGCAGACGGGUUACGAUCGUGACCUAUUUCCGCACUGGAUUACCAUAAGCGGGAAAUGCAACACACGCGAAACAAUCCUCAAACGAGAUGGAACAAACGUCGUGACGGAUGAUGCCUGCGCAUCUACCAGUGGUACCUGGGUUUCCCCGUAUGAUGGCGGGACCUGGACAGCUGCAAGUGAUGUCGAUAUCGAUCAUGUGGUUCCAUUAUCCAAUGCAUGGAAGUCCGGCGCUUCCAAAUGGACGACCGACGCUCGUCAGGCCUUCGCCAAUGAUUUGACUAAUCCUCAGCUUUUAGCAGUCACCGACAAUGUAAAUCAGUCGAAGGGCGACAAAGGCCCGGAAGACUGGAAGCCUCCUCUGAAAUUGUAUUACUGCACGUAUGCCAGUAUGUGGGUGAGGGUCAAGUCGGUCUAUAAGCUCACCAUCACCGCGGACGAAAAGGCAGCUCUUACUGACAUGCUGGCUACUUGUUGA